CAGCAAUGAGAAAUAUAUUUUGCUGGCAGUCCUUGUACUUCGUGCCAUGGCAAUCGCUUUCGUGAACCAUUUGCAGGCAUCCAGACGGGCUUCGACAUCUCCAUUCCGAGGGCACGCAGUUCCAAGCACUUUGGGCACAGGCCGCAACCUGGGCCGUCGCUUCAUCCCCGAGCUCAGUUUGCCGAGCCCAAACAUGGGGCAUUUUGGGGAGCCUGGCCGGACUACGCAGAAGCCAGAAGCGAAGGACGUCUCUCGCUCGGCAGGCGGACCUGCGCUUCUCUGUGGGGGACCGUGUGGAGUGCAAUGUGGACGGCUUCCAGUCGGGCACUGUGGUGAAGCAGCAGUACCACGAGCCAGGGUGGCCGGAAGGCCAAACCGUGCCCUAUCAGGUUAAGCUUGACAAUGGCGUGACCAUCUAUGCGCCGUUAGACACGGACGAGUGCAUUCGAAAAGCGGAAGGCAUCCUGUCCCUCGGCAAGAUCCCUGUGACGGUGCUCACUGGCUUCCUGGGCGCUGGGAAGACCACGCUGCUAAACUACAUCCUGCGUGCAGAGCACGGGAAGAAGUACGCAGUCAUUGAGAAUGAGUUUGGCGAAGCUGCCAUUGACGAGAUGCUUCUUGAUGACAGUGUCGGUGUCCAGUCCACCAUGGAGUCCAUAACGGUGCUGGACAACGGCUGCCUUUGCUGCACUCUUCGGGACGACUUGGUGGCGGCUAUUCGCGACAUCGUCAGAACCGUGGAGGAGAGGAUGGCAAAUGGAGUGAAAGACGCGGCCAUUGACGGCAUUCUAAUCGAGACCACAGGCAUGGCUGACCCUGGCCCAGUCUGCAAGACUUUCAGCUUGGACGAAGUUGUCAACCGGUAUUGCAAGAUUGAUGGCAUUCUGACAGUGGUGGAUGCCGCGCACUUCUUGGAUCAGCUCGCCCGGGAGCGGCCCGAUGGCGCAGUGAACGAGCCGGCGCAGCAGGUCGCCUUUGCAGAUAAGGUUUUGCUGAACAAGGUGGAUGCCGUGAGUCAGGAGAAGGUGCAGGAGACGAUUGCUGCCAUUCGAUCGGUCAAUGCUUUUGCCCCCGUGGUGGAAUGCAGCCUCUCGCUGAAGCCCGACGCUGUGCCUGUGGCGGAGUUGGUUCAGAUCGAUGCUUUUGACACCACCAAGCUGUUGACUGCAGAAAGCGAGCAAGGUGACGUGGACCUUGCGCACGGCCACGCGCAUGAUGCCCAUGGUCAUGAUCAUGACCACGGGCAUGAGUGUGAUGACCCGUCAUGCACAGACCCAUCGCACGACCACAGUCAUGAUGCGAGUUGCAGUGACCCAGAGUGUACUGAUCCCUCGCACGGGCACAGCCAUAGCCACAGCCACAGCCACCAUGACACGGACAUUGGCUCCAUGGUGCUGGAGAUCAAGGACAGGCCCUUGGACGUGCAGAGCUUCAAUGAUCUGCUUAGCGAUCUGCUGGAGAACAGCGUAGACCUCUACCGCUACAAGGGCAUCCUCGCCUUUGCGCAGCAGGGCAGCGUUGUACGAUAUGUGUUGCAAGGGGUUCACGACAUGGUCGACAUCUCCUUCUCAGGGGAGUGGCCUCGCGAGAAGCCGCUCCGCACCCAGGUGGUGCUCAUUGGCCGGAACCUGGAUAAGGAAGGCCUCAAGCAACGCUUCGAGCAAUGCGCUCUGCUGCCGGAUGCCGUUUGACCGUUCCGGGGCCAAAGCAAGCCCCGCCUGAGACCAAACCCGUUCCGUGGCGCUCCGUCCCGCAGAACAUCGCAGAACAACGUUCUCUGCAGAAGGACAUGGAACCCAGCCAAUGAAUAAAUCAGAAAUCCAUCACUUUCAGAGGAAUUUCCUGCUGGGUGACC